GGCUGAGUUACCACAGCUGUGUACGGGAAGUAAGCUACUGCUUGAAGCGCUAGUUGGGAAGUUAUGACGUAAUGGCCUAACACACCAACGUCCAACAUGGGGAGAGAGAGGAAAUGCAUCCUUUGCCAAACUGUUUACAGCUCCAAACAGGAAAUGGAUGAUCACAUGAGGAGCAUGCUGCAUCAUCGUGAGCUGGAGAACCUGAAAGGCCGGGACUGCGGUCACGAGUGCCGCGCGUGCGGUGUGACCGUGCUGAGCCUGACGGACUACGCGAGCCACAUCUCCAGCCCCGGGCACAAGCAGCGCGUGGAGGCCCACGACCGCAGACACGCCGGGAAGGACCAGGAGGAGGAAUACUUUGACCAGGAGCUGGUGAAGCUGAUCAUGAGGAGGAAGGAACUGAACAGACUAGAGGAACUUGCCUCCAAACGAGCCAAAGAAUUCGCUGCCUCUAAGCUGGCCAUCGAAGAAGCGAAGAGGAAGAAGGAGGAAGAGGAGGAGGAAAGGAGGAGGAAGAUGCAGCAGCUGCAGCAGAGGUGGGAUCAAACCAAGCAGUACGUCCGUCAAAAGGGGGGCUGGCCGCAGAAGAACUGCCCAGGAACAGCCGUCCAGGCCUGGGGUGGGGCUGGCUGGGAGGGGAGCAGCACCGUGGCUGGGCGGGCGUGGGGCUCCCAGGAGGACCCAAGAACCUGGCACCAGCAGAGCAGACAGGGCAAGAGUGCCACGUGGCAUGCCCAAGAGCCCCCCGACUACCAGACCUGGGAUGGUGGGGAGAGGAGUAGUGGAAGCCUGCACAGUCGUCCUGGCUGGAGUGGCAGUAGGAAGUUGGGCUCGUCGACCAUGGAGCCUGACCACAUGAUGGACUUCACCAGCGACCAACUGUCUCCAUGGAACUCUUACCAGAACUUUGAGGUUCAGAACCAGGCGAGGAAGGAGGAUUUGGAGUGGCGUCAAAGCAGGCCUCAGAGCCGCGAGGGUCCAGGCCUGGAGCGCAAGAACUUUGGCAGCAACCCCAAACUGGAUAAGAGCUGCCGCUGGAGUCCGUAUCCGACUCUCAAAAUCCGGGAGCCGUCGCCUCAUGGGGACGCCCACCCCAGCCCCUCGGAGAAGCUCCCCAGGGGGGCCGCUGCCCCAUGCGAGGACGGGGACCCGGCGACCGACGCCCACGCCGCCUCCAGGCUGUCGCGGUGGGACCAGAAGACCAGGCAGAGGCCUGAGGGCAGCCAGAGAAGUAGCAGCAACAGCAGUGCCCAGAGGGACAGCAGCACCUCCUCCACCACCCGCUCUUCCCUCUCCUCCAGACCCAAGCCAGCCAAGCCGGGAGCUCAGCGCCCUGAGAAGAAGCAGGCCUCAGCAUCCAGUUCCAACUCCUCCAGCAGGAGCUCCAGCCAGAACCCUACUCACCGCCAGCCCUCGGCGCCCAGUGGGCCCCAGCCCUCGGCCCUAGGUGAGAAGGAGGAGCAGGAGCUGGCGGAGAUGCUGAGGAGGGCCAAGGAGACGCUGCUGGACCGGCCCUCUGGCCGAGGGGCGUGGACCAAGCGUCACAACGAGGAGAAACAGGAGAAGACACAAGUGAGGGGGGGCGGAGCACGGAAGAAGAGCACCGGCCAUCGUCAGGAUGGGGCCAACCCACCAGCGAGGCCUGCCCCGGUCACACCUGCCCUGGUCACACCUGCCCUGGUCACACCUGCCCCAAUCACACCUGCCCCAAUCUUACCUGCCCUGGUCACACCUGCCCUGGUCACACCUGCCCUGGUCACACCUGCCCCAAUCACACCUGCCCCAAUCACACCUGCCCCAGUCUUACCUGCCCCAGUCUUACCUGCCCCAAUCACACCUGCCCCAGUCUUACCUGCCCCAGUCUUACCUGCCCCAGUCACACCUGCCCCAGUCACACCUGCCCCAGUCUUACCUGCCCCAGUCUUACCUGCCCCGGUCUCACCUGCCCCGGUCAGAUGUUCCCUCAGAGGAGGAGGUAAGAAGCAUCCAAAGUUUUGGAGGCCUGUGGUCAACAGCCAGUCAGUCCAGUCAGUCCAGGUCAGCACCUCCAGCAUGGAGGCCCCAGGCAGGGAGGAGGAGGAGUACAGGGAGCGAGGGGAGGAGGAAGGAGGCCUGGCUGCUGUGAGGGAGCCUGUAGACACAGGGCCGGGCUCAGACAGCGACGUCUGUAAGAGCAGGGAAGCCCAGACCACCUCCUGCGCUGCCAGCCUCAAAGCGGGCAUUCCCCCGAGUCUGAAGAGAGACCUGACCAAGCACAUCAGCACCAAGCCCAAGGGCGGGGCGUGCGAGCCCAACCUGAACAUCGCCCGCCGGAUCCGCAGCGUGAGCGGCGCCCGGAGAGCGGAGGCGGAGAAGGACUCGGGCCUGAAGCCCACAGUCAGGCAGCUCAUCAGCUCCUCCGGCUCCCGCAGGAACGUCAACUGGGAGCAGGUCUACCUGGAGGUCUGCAGGAAGAAGCAGCAGCAGGGCAAAGGCCAGCCCAGGUUCGGGAUCGAGAUGGUGUCAUGUGACCAGGAGGGGAUGAGCCAGGAGGAGGAGGACAUUCCUCUGACGGAGGGUUUCCAAUGGGAGUCUCUGCUAAUAGGCCAUGCCAACAUGGCGCCCACCCGCCAACGCAGCCUAUCAGAGAGCAGCGUGGCCCCGGAGAGCUCCCUCUUCCCCGGUCUGGAGGAGAGGGCAGCCAGGAAGAGCCAGCUCCGGCCUAGCCGACGCAGCUCCCCCACCACCAUCUCCACCCUGACCCCCACCCCCUUCACAGCCCUGGCUCCUACCCUGACCGCCACACCUGCAGAUUGGGAAGUGAAAGUCAAGCAGCAGCCGGAGGAGGAGGAGGAGGAGACAGACUUGCAGAAUGAGGCCAGACCGCAAACAGACCUCCAGGAGCCAGUAGGGGUCCCUCAGGCCCCCGACUCCAUGGUGGGGUACAGCAGCUUAAGUACGGAGCCCAGUGAGGCCCCCGGCUCCGGGAAGAAACGCAGGGCCGCCGGGGACGUGCCAUCCCCUGAGAUUCCAAGCCUGGAACGAAAGAACAAGAGGAGGAAAACAAAGUCGAAGAAAGAGCGCCUGCAGGUGGACCAGCUGCUGGUCGUGUCACUGCGUGAGGAGCAGCUCAGCCGGGACCUCCAGGCCGUGGACGACAGCCUGUUGCAGGCCCGCGCUGCCCUGCAGCAGGCCUACCUGGAGGUCCAGAGCCUCAUGGUGCUCAAACAGAAGGUAACCAUGGAGAUGAGUACCCUGAGAAGCAAGCGUAUAGAGCUGCUCCAGGGGAUGCAAGGCGAGUUUGACAGCUCGUCGCCUGAGCUGCUGGGGAAGGCCCUGGAUGAGGAGAUGGCCUUAGCUCCAGCAGAUCCACAGAUUCCUGCACUGCUCUCCCCCAUGACCGACGCUGCUGUCCCCCAUCCCAGCCCUCAGCCUCCACAGGCCCGCCCCUCCUCCGCCCCCAACCUGCCCGUGGUGGUGAAACAGGAGUCCCCCUCCCCUCACAAGGGGGCCACACAGCUGGACCCUGAGGAGAGCACAGUGCCGCAUGGGGCCCACAGUACCACCCCAGAACCCACAAUCUCUCCCCCAGGUCCUGGUCUCUCCUCCCAGUCGUCCCAGCCUUCUGUCAGAAGACUCAGUGGGGGGUCGUGGGAUGGCAGAGCGAGCCUGCCGGGUAUGAAGGUCCAGUCAGUAGAGCGGGCCGUGCAGACCUCCAGGCCCCUCCCCUCCCCAGAGACCAAGCCCUUCCCCGGCCCCCCCCUGCCCUGCCGGAGGGGCUCCCAGCCCGGGGCCCCGGAGCCCGCGGCCCCUCCCCCCCCAGAGCCGAAGACGGGGAAGCGUGUGAGGAAGCUGAAGAAGAAGAGGGUUCUGAGGCAGGCGCAGGGGCCGGAGCAGGGCCAGAACAGCGACACGGAGCUGGAGGGGGAGUCGUCCUCCCGGCCCCACAGGAGACUCCGCCAACGCAGGAGGCCUGGCGGCGCCCAGGUCAGCACCUCCACGUCUACCACCAUGGAGGGGGCAGAGGACGCCUCCGGGCCCCAGUCACCAGCCACCAAACCUGGGAAGGGGGACUCUGACUCCUCCCUGGAGAUGGUGGAAAUUCCCCAAGCUCCCCUGGAGGUGGUGACCCUCGACACGUCUGACCCAGAGGACAGCGGCAUGGACGUCACCCCGGCCUCUCCCCAGCCUCAAUUCCCGGCCUCUCCCCAGCCUCAAACCCCGGCUUCUCCCCAGCCUCAAAGUCCGGCCUCUCCCCAGCCUCACACCCCAGUCUCUCCCCAGUCUCAAACCCCGGCCUCUCCCAAGCCUCAAGCCCCAGCCUUGGCCCCAGCCCCGGCCCCCAGCAUGCUGAAGUCGGAGCCCGAGAAACUGGCCUGCAAUGAGGUGUCGUCCACCAGUGAGAUGGAGGUGUCAUCUAUCAGUGAACUCAAGGUGCUCCUCCCCUUCCUGAAGAUGCCCAAGACGUCCUCGGCGGAGGUGUCGUCAGACGCGGGCGAGGAGGAGGUGCCCUCUGAGGGGGUGUUUGAGGGUCACCAUGAGGCUGUGAAUGCCCUCCAGAUCCACGACGGGCUGCUGUACACCUGCUCUGGAGACCGCACUGUCCGCGCCUUCAACCUGGUGAGCCGUAAGUGCGUGGCUGUGUUGGAGGGCCACAGCUCCAAGGUGAACUGUCUGCUGGUGUCGUCUGGACCGGGCCUGCCUCACCGCCUCUACUCUGGCUCCAGCGACCAGACCAUCCGCUGCUACAGCCUCAAGACGAGGGAGUGCGUGGAGCAGUUCUCUCUGCCAGACCGGGUCCUGUGCCUGAUCAGCAAGUGGAAGAUCCUGUAUGCCGGCCUGGCCAACGGCUGUGUGGUCUCCUUCAGCCUGAAGACCAACAGGCAGCUGGACGUGUUUGAGUGCCACGGGCCGCGGGCGGUGAGUUGCCUAGCGACCGCCCAGGAGGGGGCGCGGCGCAUCCUAUUGGUGGGCUCGUACGACAGCACCAUCAGCGUGCGAGACGCCAAGAGCGGACUGAUGCUGCGCAGCCUGGAGGGACACUCCAAGACCGUGCUCUGCAUGAAGGUGGCGAAUGACUUGGUCUUCAGCGGCUCCAGUGACCAGACCGUCCAUGCCCACAACAUCCAUACCGGUCAGCUGGUGAGGAUCUACAAGGGUCACAGCCAUGCGGUCACCGUGGUGACGGUUCUGGGGAAGGUGAUGGUCACCGCCUGCCUGGACAAGCUGGUCCACGUCUACGAGCUGCAGUCCCAUGAGCGGCUGCAGGUGUACGGAGGCCACAGUGACAUGGUCAUGUGUAUGUCCAUCCACAAGAGCAUGAUCUACACAGGCUGCUACAACGGCAGCGUUCAAGCCACCAGACUGAACCUGAUGCGGAACCAUCGCUGCCUGUGGCAUGGCUGCUCCCUGGUAUUCGGGGUGAAGCAGCAUCUCCAGCAGCACCUCCUCAGCGACCACGCCCCCCCCUCCCUCCCCAUGCUCAAGUGUCACUGGAGGAACUGUGACGAGUUCUUCUCCACACGCAACGCCUCCAAGCAGAGCGUUCCCAAGCACAUGCAGCACCACGUGGACGAGGCACAGCUGGAGUCCUGAGGGCUUCAUCUCUCCAUCUCCUGUCCUCCCCUCUCUCUCUCUCCAUCCCUCCAUCUCCUCUACUCCCCCCCGCCUUCCCC